UGGAGCUCUCUUCACUCCGAGAGGCUCAUUUGAACUGCAAAGAUUGUGAGAGACAGAGGAGAAAAAUGAGGGAUACCAGCUCCGUUUUUCUUAUUUUCUUGGCUCUCUUAGGCCUUCUUGGUUUCUCCCAUGCUCAGCUUAAAGUUGGGUUCUAUGAUCAAUCAUGCCCAGAAGCAGAGAGCAUAGUUCAGGAGUUCGUGAAGCAGCACAUCCCCAACGCACCUACUUUGGCGGCACCAUUGCUUAGAAUGCAAUUCCAUGACUGUUUCGUGAGGGGCUGUGAUGGAUCUGUGCUGCUGAAUGCCACCGGAAACAACACCGCUGAGAAGGACGCUAUACCAAAUCAGACCCUUCGAGGCUUCGACUUCAUCGACAGAGUGAAGGCCCUGCUAGAAGCUAAGUGUCCGGGGGUCGUCUCCUGUGCAGACAUUAUUUCGUUGGUGGCAAGAGACGCAGUAGUUGUCACAGGGGGUCCAUCAUGGACAGUGCCUACAGGCCGCAGGGAUGGAACCAUUUCAUCAUCCACCGAGGCACUGAACAACAUCCCACAACCGACCAUGAAUUUUACUACCCUUACACAAAGCUUUGCAAAUAAGAGCCUUGAUGUGAAGGAUUUAGUUGUUCUCUCAGGUUCGCACACGAUCGGCAUUGGCCACUGCCAGUUCGUCACGAACAGGCUCUACAAUUUCACAGGGAAAGGUGAUCAAGACCCAUCAAUGGACCCAUUCUAUCUUGCAAAUCUGAAGCAGUUCAAGUGCAAGACCCCCACAGACAACACCACCAUCCUGGAGAUGGACCCUGGGAGCUUCCGGACAUUCGACAAGCAUUACUACACCAAUUUGGUGAAGAGAAGAGGUCUGUUCACAUCUGAUGCUAGCCUGCUGACAGACAGCACUGCUUUGUCCUACGUGAAUGAAAUACUCAAUGGUCCUCUCGAGAAUUUCUACUCCGAGUUUGCAGCCUCCAUGUUGAAGAUGAUUCAGGUUGAAGUGAAGACUGGCACCGCCGGUGAGAUAAGGAAGGUGUGCAGCAAGGUGAACAGUUAGAAGGAGGGUGUUUUCCCUUCGGUCCAGUUCUUUCGAGCCUGCAUUUUGAGCUGUGAAUAGUUUUGAAUUUUAUCAUGGCAUUGGUGUUUGUUUGGAGUAUGUGGUAGCACAUCUCACUGUGUAUCUGUUUCCCAUUCGUAAAAACGGGAGCUCGUUAGUGCCCCUCUUGGGAUUCAAAUGAAAUAAACGAGUGAUCCGUCAACCGUGGUUGUGUUUUGAAAGAAUUCAAUGUAGUUGUUCCCCAGUAUAAAGUUAAUCAAUCUUGAAUGCCGUCUUCCCAGCGUUCCCCAA